GAAAGUAUUGCCUGGUUCCCUGUUAGAGUGAGAACCAGGCAACUAAACCUAAACAAAAAUGGCGGAGUCCAUUACGCCAAGAAAACAUUUUUUUCUUGGCGAUAUGUGCAUUGUUUGUGGGUUUUCAUUUGUUCUAAUUGAAAAAACAUCCGACGGAAAGGAGAACAUUAACAAAUUUUACAACAACAAAUUAAGAUUGAAUAAGGACAGAGUGAGUUGUAUCAAAAAGGUAACUGAAACAUCAAUCGACGUCGACAAUUGUUCCAAUGCAGGUGUGUGUCGUAAGUGUUACAGAACGAUCGAAACUAUCUUAAAAACGGACGAAAAAAACAAUGAUGCGAAACAAAAAAUUAAGGACAGCGUUGAUCGCGUAUACAGGACCCAGAUCUUAUCCCUGCCAUCCCCCAGACGGAAAAUCAUCACCAAAAGAUUGCUCCGAAGCCCUGAAAAUGUCAGUCGCCCCGCAAAAUCUCUUGCCACAGUAUCUUAUGUAUCGCCUGUCAAAAUAGCUCCAUUCCGUGAGUUGGGGAAUAAAAGUAUCAAACAACAGUGCGAGAUAUCCAGUGUCAUCAACAUCAAAAAUGAAAAUGAGAUGAUUGGGUAUCAUAUAUUUUGUUGAGACUCUGAAGAAAAACAUACCUGGAUGAUCAGAUGUAAGGCUUAAUCUUUUAUACAUAACACAAGAAGUGUUUAAUUCUAUCAAAUUAUAAUUUUGGGUCAUAAUGGUAUAUUUACCAAACUUUCAUUUAAAUUUAGAAUGAUUAGUUUAUGCACUGUCAUUUGAUGAUGUGAUCCUGUAAGGACAAUUUAAAAUUUGAGUUACACUAUAAUGAAAUAUUUAAUCAUCAUCCAAAUAGUAGAGAAUUUC